AUGCGCUCUCCUCGCCAUGAUCACCUAGGGCUGUGCACGCCCUCUGUAGUUUGUUCACCAGCGUUAUCAGGUUCUCCAUCUACGCGGAGCCCCGGUUCCAAUCGGCGAGUCGACUCGGUGUUUGUAGUUAUGGCGUACAAUAGCAGUAACAACCAGAGCGGCGAGAUUGGACCCGAUACGAUACUUUUCGAAGGUUGCGAUUAUAACCAUUGUCUAAUCGUCAUGGAUUUCCCUAAGGAUCAAAAGAUUCCUCCUAAAGAGAUGGUUCCCAUGUACAAAGAGACUUGUGCUAAGGGCUUGAACAUCAGUGUUGAAGAGGCAAAAAAGAAAAUAUAUGCUUGUAGCACAACAACUUAUGUAGGAUUUCAAGCAGUGAUGAUAGAAGAAGAGUCAGAAAAGUUUCAUGAGUUACCUGGGGUAGUUUUCGUACUGCCGGAUUCGUACAUUGACCCGCAGAACAAGGAAUAUGGAGGUAUUUUUUUUUUUUUUGAUUUUUCUUUUCUUUUCUUUUUUUUUUUUGGAGAACUCUAAUUGAAGUUUUCCAAGUUAUGGAGUCUAUCCUUUGGUAUUCAAUUUUAAACUUGGCAUUCAAUGUUGUAAUUCUCAAGGGAUAAAUUCAAGUUGAGACUUCGCUUAUUGCUAUUUUGGAAAAGUGCAAGCUGUAGUUCUCUGAUCAAUUGAACAGAGCAAAAUUAGUCCAACAACAAUUGAAUCACAUGAUUCAGAACAAAAGAUAAUCCUUAUAAUGGUUUCGUCGGUAGUAAACUACAGUCUACUAAUUUGGAGAAUAUCGAUGAUGCGUAUCUUUGACAACAGAACCGCUUAGUUUCUUAACAGCUCAUACAAGGACUCAAUCUUACUCACAGAAACUGCAAAUCAAAUAGGGAUUGUCAGAUUCCACCCACUUUAACCAAUGUGGUUUUUUUUUUUUUUUUUUUUUUAAACAGAAGUUUUGCAAAUGCAAGUAAACGUACAAUCAUAUUACUAAAAAAUAAGUUUGAUAUACAUUGUUGGAUUGUUGGAUUUGUUUUUUAUCAGCUUAAACUUUUGUAAUAGACAAGAUAUCUUGAAAUUUUAUUUAUAUUUGUAUCUA